AUGGGUAUAAAUCUCUGGGUAGCAGCUGCUGACAAUAAUAUAGAUGUUGUAAAAGAGCAUUUAGACUCAGGCUCUUAUAAUGCUAACUCUAAAGACCCUAACGGGUAUACUGCACUUCAUGCUGCUGCCUCUUAUGGCCAUAAAGAUCUCUUGAAGCUACUUGUGGAACGUGGGGGUGAUAUCAAUAUUCAAGACGGCGAGGGUGAUACACCUUUACAUCAUACGGAAGACGUGGAAACUGCUAAGUUUUUGGUAGAGGAGUUGAAAGCAGACACCACAAUUACAAAUAACGACGGCUUAACUGCUGCUGCAUAUAUUGAAGAAGAAGAUGAGUUUCCAGAAUUAGCAGUUUAUUUAAAGCUGUUAAUACAUGGAUUAUUAGGAGAGGAAAAGUCAACAGCAGUCGAAGAAUCAAGUUCCAUACCUACAUUUGAAGGUAAUGAAAUCAAGUUUGCAGUUGAAACAGAAGAAGAUGCCGAUGCCCAAUUGAGUCCUGAGGAAUUAGAGGAAAGACGUAAGAAGCUUGAAGGAAUCCUCAACGGUGAGAAUCCUGAAGAAGCUCUUAGAGAAUUGAUUCAACUGGCUGUACAUGAAGGCUUAGCUAACUUUAAGGCUGAGGAAGACGAGAAGUUACAAGCAGACCUGCAAACGGCUUCAAAGAGAUUAAAGCAGUAA